AUGGAUGUGUUGGGGAUCUUUAUCUCUCCAUUGCUUCAAUCUGUGAUUGACAAGUUGUUGUCCCCUGAUUUUAUCAACUUGGCGCGUCGUGAGGGUGUCAGCACUUCCAUCAAGAAGCUGAAGAAGUCAUUAGAAGAUAUAAACGAUGUUCUUGCUGAUGCAGAGGACAAGCAGAUAUCUGACAAGGCUGUCAAUAGGUGGCUGAAAGAGCUCCAGCAUUUGGCUUACGAUGCGGACGAUGUGCUGGAUGAGUUUUCUACUGAAGUUCUACGCAAGAAGCUGAUCAGGGCAGAGACUGAUGCGGAUGUUGAUGUUGGUGAGGCCAGCACAAGUAAGAAG